AUGGUUGUUCUAUCUGAAGUUCCAGAAGGAUCUUCAUCUUCUUCAUCAACUCAUGGCUAUAGUCCAUCAACUCAUGCUUAUAGAUAUGAUGUAUUUCUAAGUUUUAGAGGUUUCGAUACUCGUCGUAGUUUCACUGAUCACCUUCAUAAGGCCCUCAUUGAUGCCAAUAUCACUGCCUUCAUGGAUGAUGAAGAGAUUGAAACAGGAGAACAUCUGAAACUAGAAUUAGAGAGUGCUAUUAAGGCAUCCCGGGCUUCUAUUAUCGUUAUUUCCAAGAAUUACGCUACUUCAACAUGGUGCCUCGAUGAACUGGUAUUGAUCCUUGAGCAGCGUAUGACAUCCAACCAUAUUGUCAUCCCCAUCUUUUAUCAUGUGGAUCCCAACCAUGUUAUGAAGCAACAAAGUAGCUUUGGAGAUGCAAUGUCUAAGCAUAAACAGAAAAUGGAUGAAGAGACAGAUGAAAAUAAAAGAAGUCAAUGGGUUCAAAAGAUCGAACGAUGGAAUAAGGCGCUUGUAGAAGUUGCUAGUAUAAAAGGAAAUGACGUAAAUGGAAGGGUUGAGACGGAGUUCAUUGAAGAAAUUGUGAAGGACAUCUACCGUAGAUUACAUGUACGGAGUGUUCGGCCCUUACUAACCGGGAUGGACUAUUCCAUUAACUUCAUCACUUCAUGGUUGAAUGAUGGAUCCUCACAUAAGGCAGACAUACUCACUAUUUCGGGUAUAGGUGGGAUCGGGAAGACAACUUUAGCCAAACAUGUCUAUGGGAUAUAUUGUCAUGAAUUCGAUAAAAGCACUUGUAUCGAAGAUAUUAGUAGGAUAUGUGAUGGAAAGUUUAAUGGGUUGCUUGAUUUACAAGAACAACUCUGCAAUAGCAUUUCAAAAACAAGUUCAAUUAAAGCUCAUGAUGUUUCAAUAUACACCGCAAAGAUAGAGAAUGCACUAACACAUAAAAGGGUGUUUCUAGUUCUUGAUGAUAUCAGUACUGUUGCUCAGUUGGAUGCAUUACUUGGAAGGAAAGGUUUUCAUCCAGGAAGCAAAGUUAUAAUAACAACAAAGGACAAAUUGUUAACAGAGAGUUGUGGACUAUUCAAAACGAACAUUAAACCCAACCAUGUAGAACACUUCGUUGAAGCCUUACAUGAGACUAAAUCACGACAACUUUUGUGUUCCCAUGCAUUCAUGUCUAACGAUCCCAAGGCAGGUUAUGCGGAGGUGUCAGAUAAGCUUGUGAAGUAUUGUAAAGGGCACCCAUUGGCUCUUGAAGUUUUGGGCAAGUCUUUGCAUAAUCGGGACGUGUCGUAUUGGGAAGGGUGCAUAGAAGUGCUAAAGAAAGAAGUUAGUUCCCCUGUAAAUAAUAUCUUGAGAAUGAGCUACAACUCUUUGCCAUCUAAAAACGAUAAGGAAUUGUUUAAGUAUAUUUCUUGUUUUUUCGUUGGAAUAGAUAGAGAUGUUAGCGAAACAAUAUUAGAGGCAUGUGAAAUAAACACAAGAUCCGGAAUCCCGAAUCUCAUUGAUAGAUGUCUUCUUAGUAUUGGAAAGAAUAAUGAAUUGAAGAUGCAUCAGUUGGUUCAAGAGAUGGGAAGAUUCGAAGUACAUCAAGAAUCACCUGAUAAGCCAUGGAAGCGAAGUCUAUUAUGGUGUCAUAAGGAGUCAUUUAGAGUGUUGAAACAAAAAAAGGGUAAGGGAAAUCUUCUAGGCCUUUCCCUUGACAUGCGCAUGCUUGAGAACCAGAAGUUGGGAGCAUCAUUUGAGCUGAAAACAGAUGCAUUGAGUUACAUGAAUAGUCUUAUGCUACUACAACUCAAUUAUGUUCACAUGCAUGGGUCUUAUGAAAACUUUCCAGGGGAAUUAAGAGGCUUGUGUAUGCAUGGGUUUCAUUCAAAGUCUAUACCUUUAGACUUACCUAUGGAGAAUCUUGUUGCUCUUGACAUGUCAUAUAGCAAUAUUGAAUCAAUCUUUGCUAGUUAUAGUAAUCCACAACGACUAGAGAAGAGGCAGAAUUUGGAUGGAUCGUGCUCAAAAGAGAAAAUAUUGUUUGGUUCACUGAAGAUUCUUAAUUUAAGUUUUUGCAAACAACUUCAUAGUGUUGGUGACUUUCAACAACUCCCUGCGCUUGAGAGGUUAUUACUUAGAAAUUGCAUUGGUUUGCUUAAUAUUUGUGAAUCAAUUGAGCAAUGUGUUGAACUUGUCCUCAUCGAUCUAAGCUACUGCAAGAAGCUUGAAAAACUUCCAAGAAAUUUAGGCCUGUUGAAGAAGGUUAAAACAGUGUUGCUAGAUGGUUGUAGUCUCGGCGAAUCUCGAAUCCAGAUUAAGGAUAUUGGAUCAUUGGAAUUGUGCAAAACCAGCAACAUUUACAUAAAUAAAAGACCCUCUUUCUCUUCCUUUGUGGGUGCUAUACCAAGUGAUUUGAAGUCCUUCACAAUGUCUUUACCAAGAUCUUUAGUAAGGUUGUCACUUGCAAAUAAUAAUUUGUCCCAUAAAUCCUUUCCCAUGGACUUCAGUUAUCUAUUCAUGUUAAAGGAUUUAUGUUUAGAUGGAAAUCCUAUCAGUUCUAUGCCAAGUUGUGUGAGAACCCUUCCUAGACUUGAGAAACUUAGUAUGGGGAAGUGUGAAAAGUUGAAGUCAGUCGUGUAUCCUCCACAUACACUAAGAGAGUUGUCUAUUAAUCCUUAUGAUGUGUAUUACGUAGAAAAAGUUGUAUUUGAUCCAAAAAUGUCCGCACUCCAGUUACCAUUUGUUAACUGGGUAGCUUACGCACCCGGGUCGUAUGAAAUUGAAGGCAUCAUCAAAAUGCAAGAAAUGGUGAAUGUUGAGGAAAAGGUAUUACACAGCUUGGGUUGGAAUAAUUUAGAUUCCCUUAACAACAAGCAUAUGAGAACUAAUCCUUUGAAAUCUAAAAUCCAGUUGUUUUAUGAAUUUGGAAUAUUCAGCACAAAGUAUGAGGCGGAGGAUAUGCCGAGUUGGUUUAGUUAUAGAAGUGUGGGGCCAUCAAUAUCAUUUACCAUCCCAUCAUUAUCAUCUCCAAACAAGCUUAGAGGUCUCAACUUCUGCUUUGUGCAGAGAUGGCGAGGUUUGGAUGAGAGGUCUCCAUUUAAAUAUGGUCAGGCCCCUGUAUGGCCAAUGAUGACAAUUAGUAAUAUAACAAAGAACCGUAUGUGGAUAUACGAACGUCACAAGGAUAUAGUUGUUGAAGGUAAAACGUGUUGGGUAGUUUUAAGUCAUUGGAUGCUUGGGAUGAAUGAGAUAGAGGGUGGUGACCACGUGAUUAUUAAUGUUACACCACGGUAUGAUAAACUUGUAAAGGAGUGUGGAGUGAGUCUAGUGUAUGAUGAUGGAGAAGAAAAAGAAGAAGAAGAAGAUGCAUUGGGUUAUUAUAAGUCAUGGAAUCACAGAAUUGGUGGGGAUCUCUCUCCUUUUCAAACCUCAACAGGACAAUACAUCCUAAACCACAAGCUAUUUUUUUCCACCAUGAUUAGAUUGUUACCAUAUCAUCGUGAAUUCGUUACAGAGGGCGCCAAAUUUCAAGUAAAAGAGAAAGGGUGGUUUAGAGCUUUAUCCCCAAGGAAGCCUGACAUACUUGGUCCAGCAUGUGAGGGUAAUGAGGAAUCUUCAAGUUUGGAAGGACACGGGAUUAGACCCGGUACCAUCCUUCCUUUCCGUUCUCAUAAUGCAACCCUAACCCUAAGUCACUAUACUACAACCGCCACCACCAUGUGGAGCAUCUUCAGCCGUCGCCGCCAAGCAGAGAUCGACCGCCACCUUUCUACCUGUUACGUCGUCGAGCAACACCAUAGCUUUCGUGCCGGAUAUCGUGGGCAACAGGAGAACCACCUAGGACCAUGGAACUCGUUGUGGGCGUCGAUGUGUGGAUCACGAGCAACCGAAAUCUCUUAG